AUGGAAUUUGAAACGUGGAUUAUAGCUUCGUUGGUUCUUUUGUUGCCAACUAUGGUUUGGUUCUUAGUCACAACACUGUCCAAAUCCAACACUUCUUCUUCUACCACCGCUAUUCCAAAAGCUUACCCAAUCAUUGGUUCUGUGUUCUCCAUUGCGGCGAACAAACACCGCCGAGUCCAAUGGAUCUCCGACAUACUCAACAAAACACCGUCCUCCACCUUCGUCCUCCACCGUGCCUUCGGUUCCCGGCAAGUCUUCACGGCGAACCCCGCCGUGGUCCAACACAUUCUGAAGAACAGCUUCCCACUCUACAACAAGGGAUACACCUUGAGCCGUGCCCUCGGCGAUUUCCUCGGCAACGGAAUCUUCAACGCCAACGGCGAAAACUGGAAGUUCCAACGACAAAUCUCAAGUCACGAAUUCAACACCCGAUCACUUCGGAAAUUCGUUGAAACAGUCGUCGACGUUGAACUCUCCGAUCGUCUCUUCCCCAUUCUCUCCAAAGCCCAAAAAACAACACUCGUUAUCGAUUUCCAAGACAUUCUCCAACGCUUCACCUUCGAUAACAUAUGCAAAAUCGCUUUCGGCUUCGACCCUGAGUACCUCAUCCCUUCCCUGCCGGAAAAAACCGCGUUCGCCAAGGCUUUCGACGACGGAACAAGCCUCAGCAGCGAGAGGUUCAACUCCGCGAUUCCUUUGUUCUGGAAGAUGAAGAAGCUCCUCAACGUUGGAUCCGAAAAACAACUGAAGAACGCAAUCUCCGAAGUGAGAGGCUUGGCGAGAAAAAUCACAAGAGAGAAAAAGCAAGAGCUAAAAGAAAAAGCGACGCUUGAAACCGUUGAUGAUCUUUUGUCACGGUUUUUGAGUUCAGGUCAUUUGGAUGAAGAGUUCUUAAUAGACAUAGUGAUAAGCUUCAUACUUGCAGGUAGGGACACAACCUCUGCAGCACUCACGUGGUUCUUUUGGCUUCUCUAUAAGCACCCGCACGUGGAGCACGAGGUUCUCAAAGAGGUUAAUGAAAAAUCAGAGGCACCGGUUUAUGAUGAAGUUAAAGACAUGGUUUACACUCACGCUGCGUUGUGUGAGAGCAUGAGGCUUUACCCGCCGGUCCCUGUGGACACUAAGGAGGCUGUCAACGACGACGUUUUGCCAGAUGGAACUUUUGUUAAGAAAGGGACGAGGGUUGCGUAUCAUAUCUACGCUAUGGGAAGAUCCGAUAAAAUAUGGGGUUCGGAUUGGGCCCAGUUUCGACCCGAGAGGUGGCUGAAUCGGGUUGAGGGGAAAUGGAGCUUCGUUGGGGUGAGUCCUUUUGCUUAUCCCGUGUUUCAGGCGGGUCCCAGGGUUUGUUUGGGUAAGGAUAUGGCGUUCUUGCAGAUGAAGAGAGUGGUGGCUGGUGUUAUGAGGCGGUUUAGGGUGGUGCCGGCGGUGGAGGAAGGGGUGGAGCCGGUGUACACUGCGCACCUAACUUCUCUGAUGAAAGGUGGGUUCCCUGUAAGGAUUGAGAACCUUAGCUAA